AUAAGCCAUUAAAUAUUACAAACUGAAGAAAAAAGAAAGGGGUAAUUGAUAUACGAACCCUAGCCUCCAUUUUCUUGUGCUUUUGGCUCAGAGGUUCUCCUCACCCCUCGCUAUUGAUCGGUCCCUUUGAAGAAAAAGGGUUUAUUGUGUUCUGGUGACACAUUGAAACAUAGAUAGAAAGAGGAAUGGAGGGUUCUCGGCGGCUACAAGGACAGUCUAUAGGAGUUUUCAGUGAAGGGAUUGGUUUAAUUUUAUUUCGCUGGUCGGCUCUUCGAUCGGCUGUGGAGAACGAAUGGGGUGGCCGUGAGUCACGCAUCAAAGCGGAGCAACUUGCCAGUGACAUUCUUUCCUGGUUCACGCAAUCCAAAGAGCCUCUUUAUAUUGAUGACUUAGAAGAUCUACUGGAUCAAGGUAUGCUUUCUCUCAAUGUAGAGGUCGAGGAUGGCAGCAUUGAAGAGGUAGCUGAAAAAUUAAUGGUUAUGCAUGAAGAAUUUUUAGAAGGUAAUUUUAGUUCUUUCGAAAAUCUCAGGAAAGAAAACCUUGAUCAAGCUGCCCGUCCUCAUGUAACACAGAUUGUAAAUGAUGAUGAAGACGAUACAGAUGAAGAUGGUGAUAAUGAUGAAAACAUGCUCGUGGAUGAUAAUUCUUCAAACAUGAAUCAGGAGAUUCCAACGUCUGAUUCAAACAUGAAUUCAGUGAACAGGCCAGUUAAUGGGUCUGUGCCAAAGGUUUCAGGUGAAGCAGAUGAUGGGUGGGUUGUAGUUUCAAACAAAAGAAAUAAGGGCAGAAAAAAUUAGAUAAAAGUAUUUAAAAUUUUGUUUUAAGGAUGUGUAGUCUCCCUGGCUUUCUUGUGCUUUUUGAGUUCUUGCAAACCUUGAGGUGUAUUACUAUGUAUCCGAAAUUUUGUUUUACUUAUUUAUAGGUAUCCUCUUUAUGAGAUCUUUAGAAGAAAAAAAAUGUUUGAGCAUAUAUUCUGGGAAAUCCCACAUUAUUAUUUUUGUUUGUCAAAGAGACAUUUUAUGUUGUAGUUUAUGCUAUUGAAAGUUGUGUUAUCUUGCA